AUGGUCCAGGGUCGUGGGGCCAGCAUGGUCCCGGAUCAUGAGGCAGAUGUGGGCCCGGGUCAUGGGGCAGGUGUUCUGCUGUAUGAGACUUUGGCAUGGGAAGUGAGAGUUCCAACAAAAAUUCAUGGCCUCAAAGGUUCCUGUCUGGUUAUACCGUGCUCUUACUCUUACACUUCAAACCCACCAACUAACCCACGUAGAGUUGUGUGGUAUCAGUGGGUCUCUCGUGGCUACCCUUUAGUUUAUGAUCCCUUGAAUCCAGACAGUGUCAUUGACAAGUUCAGAGGAAAAACUGAUUUAUACAACUCUACAAACUCAGAUCAAGAUUGUAGUCUGCUGAUCAAAGGCGUGGAUACGUCUCACAAUAAAGAAAAAAUAUAUGCAUGGAUUGACCCAGAAAAUGUUGAAAAGAGCACCUACAAGUUUUAUGAUGUCACCUCCACGAUUAUUGUUGACACAAAUCCACAGCAGCCCAUCAUUAAUAUUUCUGGAGGUUUAAAGAUCGGUGACAGCAUUACAGUAGCGUGUUACACCUACCACACCUGUCCAUACAGCAAACCAAACAUCAUUCUGAAGGGUAUUGAAGGAUCUGAUAAAAUAGAUGAUGUCCAUAUGGAAAACAGUAAAUGGAAAACCACUCUGACUCGUACCGGUGUUGUGAAGGCUGAACGCUCAGAUAUUGAGUGUACUGUAACACAUCAUGGAGGCAGAACAACAACAGCUAUAAAAUCACAAAGUGCAAAAUGUGUCUAUUCUAGUAUAACCAUUGAGCCUAAACUGGCAGCGGAUAUCAUAGAGGGUGUUGAAAAUAACUUCACUUGUACCGUCCAUCAUUCCUGCCAGACGAAUCCUCCGAUCCUCUCCUGGAACUAUGAGAACAUGUCGGUCAAUUAUGAUACAAAACAACUUACAGGGUUUGAAUUGGUCACCUUUUCCAUCAUAACCUUUUUGGGGGCAAAGAAAGAUGAUGGGAAGAAAUUAAUCUGCACUACAAAUAUUUCUGGACAGAAAAUCACAGCAUCUGUUGACUUACAUGUACAACAUUUUUGUCUGCAGAUUCUUUAA